UCAAUAUGGCAGCACCCACGAUUCACGGGGGGAAGUUACAAAUGCCGUUAAAAUUUGAUGGUGUUUCUUAGUCAUACUGUUCUAUCCAUUGAAGACUGGUAUUUGAUCAGAUAACAGACAUGUCUAAUUUGUUAGAGCAUCAGGUGGAAAUAAUUGAAGACCACUCUAAGGGAAAUUUUAUUCAACAUAUUUAUCCCAAGAGAAUACCAGUAGUGCUGAGAGGGAUUUCCAUAGGUCCAUGUGUAAAGAAAUGGACACCAGAUUAUUUAUCAAGUGUGCCUGGAUCAGAAAAAGAUGUAAAAAUUCAUGUUUCUCCAAGUCAUCAGAUGGAUUUUAUAAACAAAAAUUUUGCAUACAGGACCUUGCCAUUUAGUGAAUUUGUAAAGAGAGCUGCUAGAGAAAAACAUGAAGAAUAUUUCUUUACAGAGGAUGAGAAAUAUUAUUUGAGAGCACUUGGUGAUGACCCAAGGAAGGAUGUAGCAGACAUUCGGAAGCAAUUUCCUGCAUUGGCUAGUGAUAUUUUUAUUCCAGAAUACUUUGAGCCAGAAAAGUUUUUCUCAAGCGUGUUUAGAAUAUCUUCUGCUAACAUCCAGCUAUGGACACACUAUGAUGUAAUGGAUAACUUUUUAAUUCAAGUGACAGGAAGGAAAAAAGUGAUCUUAUUCAGCCCAAGAGAUGCAAAUUAUUUAUACUUGCAAGGUGAUAAGUCAGAAGUUUUGGAUGUUGACAACCCAGAUAGUGAAAAGUUUCCAGAAUUUGUCAAAGCAAGAAGAUAUUGUUGCUUACUGGAGCCUGGGGAUACAUUAUUUAUACCAGCUAUGUGGUUCCAUAAUGUGAAAUCACUGGACUUUGCUAUAUCAGUGAAUGUGUUCUGGAAACAUCUGGAGGAGCACUUAUAUGACAGUAAAGACACUUAUGGCAACAAAGACCCAUUGCCUGUGGGCCGUGCAAUGCAGAUUUUAGACAGAGCUUUAAAAACGUUAAAAGAACUUCCAGAGGAAUAUCAGGAUUUUUAUGCAAGAAUGAUGGUUUCAAAAAUACAGACCAAAGCUUACAAAUCUUAGGAGACAGUGAGUUGGAAUUCUUUCCAGACUUAAAUUAACUGAAGUUUUUGAUAGAAGUAUGGAAAAUAAAAAAAUAAUGUUAUUUCUUUGUUGUACGUGCCUCAUAGUGUAAUGGUUCAUGUUACCCAAGAAGCUACGCAUAUUAGAAAAUAAGAUAUCAUGUGUAACUUCACAGCUAUGCUAAACCAAGCUACAAAUGACAGUUGUUUAAAUAUUUAAUUUAUCUCAAAAUAUAUAAAUACAAUAACACAAAAUAAUAUUGUUUAGCCUCAGUUUUACAAUGGAGAAAAAUUUAUAUUUAUAAUAUGUACAA